AACAAAGCCGCUGUAUUUGCAUUUAACUCUAACUGCCUUUGUGAAUAUAACUGGAGGUUUAACCUAGAACAGCAGAUUAAUUUCUAAUAAAUUAGUUUGUAUGUAAAAGGGAGUUCGCCGCUAAUCUUUGGCAUUGAACGCCGUCCAGAAUUCCAUCUCGUCUCAUCCUUUUGGCGGGAUUAUUUGGUUUUUAAGUUAAGGAGUGAAAGCCUAGGUAGAUCUACCUUGGUGAAAGCUUUGCUCGAUAUUUCUAACAUUUCCAGGCGAAGAAAAUUUCGUAAAAAAUGAAAAUUUAUUCAAUUUUUUGCAUUACAUCAAUUACACUCCUAUCGUUUGACCAUCGACUAGGCCUCAUAUUGUAAACAUUCCAUUGAUCAGUUGAAUUGUUUUGUGAUUAUUAAAGGAGUUUGUUUUGCUUUGCACUGCAUUUGCCUCCAAACAUUUCCAAAAAUGCGUCGCAGUUUGGCCCCGAGUCAAAAGAAUCCCUCCAAGAGCACUUUGAAUUUUGUGACUCCAUUUAUAAACAAACGCAAACGGACGAGUGAGCAACAAAAAGUACAACCACAACGAUUUCCUUUAACACCCAGACAAUCCCAAUUGGUUUCAUUGCCACAGACGGAAUAUGAGCGGUUAAUAGCUAAGGUAUUGUCACAACCCUUCAAGGUACCAAUUGCGAAUUAUGUACCAGAAUAUCAUGCUAAUCGUAGUUUGGGUGUCAGGAGGGCGACAGUGCGCAAAGCACUGCAUGAUCCCUUCGCAUGCAAUGCUUUAGUUCUAUAUACACCUCCCACAUAUACAGAACAUGAACGGGUAACUAUGGAUCCAUCGAAAAUGCUGGUACAUGUUGUUGUCGAUCCCAUAUUGAGCAACAUUUUGCGUCCCCACCAACGUGAGGGUGUCAAGUUUAUGUAUGAAUGUGUGGAGGGAAAAAGAGGAGCAUUUAAUGGCUGCAUUAUGGCCGAUGAAAUGGGUUUGGGAAAGACAUUACAAUGUGUUACCUUGACUUGGACUCUAUUGCGACAAAGUCCGGAUUGUAAACCGACAAUAUCAAAAGCCAUCAUUGUGUGUCCCUCUUCGUUGGUGAAAAAUUGGGAAAAAGAAUUUCACAAGUGGCUGCAGGGGCGUCUCCACUGUUUGCCCAUGGAGGGGGGAUCCAAAGAAGACAAUAUACGGGCUUUGGAACAGUUUGCCUAUAACACUAGCCAGCGAUGUGGUACUCCGGUCUUAGUUAUAAGCUAUGAAACCUUUCGAAUUUAUGCUGAUAUUUUGUGUCGCAAUGAAAUUGGCAUGGUUAUUUGUGAUGAGGGACAUCGUUUAAAGAAUAGUGAUAAUUUAACCUACCAGGCUCUGAUGCGUUUAAAGACCAAACGACGGGUCUUGUUGUCGGGGACACCAAUACAAAAUGAUCUCACCGAGUAUUUUAGUUUAGUUAAUUUUGCUAAUCCCGAAAUGUUGGGUACCGCUGCCGAGUUCAAACGGAAUUUCGAAAAUGCCAUAUUAAGGGGGCAAAAUGCCGAUUCUAGUGAUAAGGAACGGCAGAGGGCCGUGGAGAAAACCCAAGAAUUAAUUGGUUUGGUCAAUCAGUGUAUUAUUAGGCGCACCAAUCAGAUAUUGACCAAAUAUCUGCCGGUUAAAUUUGAAAUGGUGAUAUGUGCCAAAAUGACACCAUUACAGGAGGCGUUGUAUGUGAAUUUCUUGAAAUCGGAUAAAGUGCGCAAGAAUUUACAGGAUUGCAAUGAGAAGACCACCUCGCUGACCGCCCUGGCCGAUAUAACAAAUUUAAAGAAAUUAUGCAGCCACCCAGAUUUGAUAUAUGACAAAGUUUUGGCCCGCGAAAAUGGUUUCGAAAAUGCCCAAACAAUCUUUCCAACCAAUCAUAAUACUAAGGAAAUAAAUCCCGAGUUGAGUGGUAAAUUUAUGCUGCUGGAUUUCAUGUUGGCCACCAUACGCACCAAUAGCGAUGACAAAGUUGUUUUAAUUUCAAACUAUACCCAAACCUUGGAUUUAUUUGAACAAUUGGCAAGGAAAAGAAAAUAUCCCUUUGUCCGCCUGGAUGGCACAAUGUCCAUUAAGAAACGUAACAAGGUUGUGGAACGUUUCAAUGAUCCCGCCGUUGAUUGUUUUCUAUUUAUGUUAAGCUCUAAAGCUGGCGGUUGUGGUUUGAAUUUGAUUGGUGCCAAUCGCUUGUUUAUGUUUGAUCCUGACUGGAAUCCGGCAAAUGAUGAACAGGCUAUGGCUCGUAUUUGGAGAGAUGGUCAAAAGAAACCAUGUUUCAUUUAUCGUUUGGUGGCGACUGGUUCUAUCGAAGAAAAAAUCCUGCAACGUCAAACCCAUAAAAAAUCUCUAUCCAGUACAAUUAUCGACAACAACGAAAGCGAAGAGAAACAUUUUACCCGAGACGAUUUAAAGGACCUGUUUCGUUAUGAACCUGGCAUAUUGUCGGAUACCCAUAAUAAACUCAAAUGCAAACGUUGCAUAAAUAAUAUACAAAGUGAACCACCGCCCGAAAAUUCCGACUGUACAUCCCAUCUAUCGCAAUGGUAUCAUUGUUCAAAUAAUCGUGGUUUACCGGAUAGCAACUUAGCUGAGGCAUGGCGUACCAGUAAAUGUAUAUCGUUUGUUUUCCAUCAUCGAUCUCAGGGCGAGGUGAAGGCGACGUCUGUAGAUGUUGCAGCAAAGCGAGAGGCUGAAGCGUUAGAUGUGGAAAGUAAUUGUAAAAAAUCAAAGAAAAGUCGGCGAAUAUCAUCCGAAGAUGAGGAUUAUGAUGAGCCGCAAGAUGACAGCAAGGACAGUGAUUUUGAAUAAAAUAGAAAUUUGAAAAAUAAUAA